AUGCCACGUUCGACAUUUGUCGGGGUCCGCUGCCUUGAGAACCAGGCGCGUAACCGGAUCGGCUCGUCGGUUCGGUCGAGGGGAUGGCAGGUGCAGUUCACGAAUCAAACUAGGAGGGAUGGGUUGAUGAAUGCAUAUUAUGGGAGCACUUUGCUUCUGCUUCGUGGACCGAAGAAAUCACAGUUCGCGGAAGGGUUUGGACUGAGGGUUAAGGGAUCAGAUGGACUGCGGGUCAGGACUCGGUCUUCUGUGUUGAAGACACUUCAAAUUCAAACGGGUCCCAUUUUGUAUCAACCAUCUGCUUAUCUCAUCAGCGCUCCUGUGUUUAUUGCACCCAUUAUCGCCUUCUUGAAGUCGAGCAUUGUAUUUAAAGCUACUGGCGCUGUAGUCACCUUUGUGAAGAGCACUUUCGUAGCGAAGAUCUUUGCCUCUGCUGUUGCGUAUCUCAAAUCCGGAACAGUCUUCAAGGCUAUCACCGCGAUCGGGCGCAUCUCAUUCGCGAUCAUCGCAUCUCUUCGCCUACAAGGAAGGCGUAUCUUGAAGUGGUGGCAUGGUCCAGAACAAUACGAAAGGAUUCGAGCUGAACAGAAAGCUUCCGGCAAAAAGAAACACAGUUGGCAUUUUCGUCGGACGACAAUUGUCUGUAUCGCAACACCCAUAGCUUGUCUUGUCAUUGCUACUCUAGCGUCUCUUGAACGAACACCAGUAUGGGGUCGCUGGCGGGUCAUAAUGAUGAGUUCGGACGAAGAAGCCCGUCUCGUGGAAGAGUUUCUACGCCCAGGGUCUGUACCUGGUGCCCAUCUUGAUACGACCACAGCACGCGAUUGGCUCGCAAUCCUUCGCGCGGCCUGCGGGGAAGAAGCUGGUCCUCCGGGUACACUCAUGGGAAUGUCCGUGCUGGAUCCAAAUGUCGACUGGCGUGCACGAUGGGUGAUGAAUACAUUCGCACGACUCGAAGACGGCGUAAGGCAUGUGAACCUUACAUCUGAAGAUGUAAACGAGGGGUGCAACGUGGUCAACUUUGGCUCAACACGGUUUGCUAUUCCCCCGGUUGAAUACCCAUUGACUAUCCGUCCCGCAGCAUUAAAGCACCACGGUCGCUCAGAAGACGAACAUGUGGAAGGUCCGCUCGUCACGCGAUACGGACUCUUGGUCAUUGAUUCGCCCGUUUGUAAUGCUUUCAGUCUUGGGUUCGGUCCGGCAUUGCAAUCUGAAUCAAGAAAAGACGAAGAGGCGCCCGGUGUUGUGGUUGUCUUUACUGGGUUGCUGGACGAAAUACUCGGGAGACCCGAGAAUACUUCUGCACCGGAGAAACCAGCUGCUUCCUCUGCGUCCAGUGCACUAUUCGGGGUUUUCCAACAGGCAGUAGUCUCUUCCCCACAGAACCCGAACCUACCCGCACCGCCGACGAAGCAUGACACCGAACAAUUGGCGUCAGUCCUUGCUCACGAGUUGGGACACCUCCUAUUGUCUCAUUCACUCGAAACACGCGCCUCAAAUGAUAUGUACGAGCGCCUUGGAAUUUUCUUUACGGAUUUGAUACGAACCGCGGUCUACCCGCUCACCGCUAUCUUCGGCCCAGCUUUCAACGACUGGUUUGGUGAACUUAUCCGCGUCAACUCCGCACUUGGACUUCGCGUGACGAGUAGCUGCGCUUCCCGCGCUGCAGAGUUCGAAGCAGAUCUCGUAGGUUUGCGCAUCCUUCUUGGCGCGGGUAUAGAUCCGCGUAUUGCUUUGAGCAAAUGGGGUGUUGACGGAUUGUUCGACCGUAUUGAACACCGCCCCGAUGUAAGCGCAGCCAAGCCGGGAGACAGCGAAGAGUCGUGGUUAGAGCGGAAUGGUUUUGCUCGAAGUCAUCCGAUGAAUGGAGAGCGUCAUCAACGUAUCCUGGAGGAACUCGAGAAAUGGGAGGAGCUUGCGCGGAAGAAACCUUCUGAUAAAACUACAGCGGAGAAGAUCGUUAAUGAUGUCGCUCCACAGAUCCCUAUUUCUAAGGCAGCUCGACAGGUUACUGGCACAGUGUAG